GCCGAUGCCAUCUUUCGAGAUCAAGCAUGUAAAGAUGAGUGUCCCUCGAGAGCGGUUAGUAGCAUUGAUGAAGGCGCAAUGCCAAGUCUUCGCCUCGACAUUCAACCCUGAGGGGAUUCGCAUGGGCAACAAGGUUUUGCGACAGCGACUCAAAGGCCCAGCCCUCGCCGCCUACUACCCUCGAAAGCUGGCCUCGAUCAAGGAUGUGAAGCGGGAGUUUGGACCAGUCCUUGCUACGUGGGACGAUGCCGAGGAGGAUCGGUUCGAGUACAUCGAAGAGCUCAAACAACGUGGAAAGAGUGCACCGAAAAAGAAGAAGGGUCCUCCUGCUCCCACGCCGGGAAAGAAGCGAUAAUCGUCGCAAUAUCCGCUCUGGUGAUGCCCUUUCUGCAGCGCCACGUCCGAUUACCAUGAAAUAAGGUUUACGAGAGGUAUGGAGGGAGGCUGUCAAAAUGGAGAACAAAGGCGUUGGAGGAAACGGU